UCAGUUUCCUCUGACUCUCACACACUUAAACUUUAAUGAAAACAGAAAACAUUUCCUUGCGAGACAAGUUUUGCCUUUAACAUCUUGCAUGGUUUAUUUUAGCAAUCGUCACUGCUAACAGUUCAGUUUUUAAAUACUGGUCUGUUUUGUUUUGUUUUUCAGCACCACACUGUGGUUUUCUCUCUUCUGCAUCCCAUGACUUGUGUAUGUUAAACAAGGUUUAAAAACUGAAUCCCAAAGCAUAUUUUUUUUUAUUCAAGACAUGAUGUUCAUUUCUAAAUGCAUUUUAACAACUAUCAUGAAUUAACAAUGAACAAUAGUAGUCUAUGUUUAGUAGCCUAUGUUAUGUUUAAAUUAGCAUUAACUAAGAAAGAAUAAUAAAGUUUUUAACCAAAUACUUAUCAUAGUUAGAUCAUGAUGCUGGUUCUAUUUGAGUGAAUAUAAAGUGUCACAGUUAUAUUCAAGUUAGCAUUUUAAGCACGAUAGGAACAUUUUUGCAUGUGUGUGUGAAGGAGGCACUUAGUCCGGGUGCCUGUCUCAAUCCCCAAUGCAACCACUUCCUAUUGCAUUGGGCCCCUCAGAUGACCACCUACCAAAUCUCCGCCCUCUUCUAAAAACUUAACAUACAGAUAUCAACACACGCUUUUACAAAAGUAAAUGUGUAUGGACCACCUGUGUACAUAAUGGAGCCAAUACUCGCCUGGUGGAUACUUUCUUGUCUGAUAAGCCAGGUGUAUUUACACCUUACAAUGCAAGAUAUUGCACUCUUGGCUACAGAUAAGGACCCAAAAUGUUUUACCAGGGAUUUAGAAACCUUUACUUGCUUUUGGGAAGCGCCUGUGGGAAAAUCAUUUUACUUUCUGUAUAUCAGUGAUGGCCCAGAAGAAAUGUGUGAUGUAAAACAACAGCUUUUUAAAGAGGAGCGAAAGAAGGUCCUAAAUAUUUGCGUCUUCCCACCUAGUGAUGUGUAUUUGUUUGAUGACACACAGAUAAGAGUGAUCGAUAGAGACACCAAUGCAACUGUCUAUACUCGCAAUGUCACAGUGAAUGAUCAGGUUCUAUGGUAUCCUCCCACAAAUAUAUCUCUUCAUCCAACUGGUGAGGUUGGGCAGAUGUUAGUUAAAUGGAAAUCGCCUGAACAAUUGAGGGGAGACACGCAGUAUGAAAUUCGUUACCAUCCUAAAAUCAAACAGAAUAGCACAGAACUGGUAUCAGGAUCCUCCCAUAAGCUCACUUCCUUGGUUGCAGGAGAAAACUGCACAUUGCAAAUGAGAGUCAAGCCUACUGGCCUUGAUGGUCUAAGUGGGUUUUGGAGUGAUUGGUCAAGUAAUGUAACUGCUAUGGUUCCACAGUCAACAGAUGACAUAAAAUUGCGUUGCCACACUCCUGAUCUGCAUCAAUUAUUAUGCAAAUGGAGUAACAACAUAUAUGACGGCAGAUACAACCUCCAUUACAGACAAACAAACAGAAGUUCAUGGGGCAGUUGGAAGUUGUGUUCAGUAGAGCACAACAAUAUUAACCAGUGCAUUCUGUAUGGUGAGGAGUCCACUGUUUAUCAGAUUUAUCUCAGCGCUGAUUUGGAACCAUAUGGUCGAAUCUUUUACAUGAAGACGUUCAGUAUGAACAGCAGCGUCCAAACAGAUCCUCCAAGACGACUGUGGGUACAAACUGAAGGAGGAAGGCUUUGUUUGAGUUGGGAACCACCACUCAUAACGAUCGCUCAAUAUCUGAUGUAUCAGAUCCAGUAUCAGCUCCAGGGAGACAAUGAGUGGAAGAUAUUCACAGUAUCCAGUUCCAAGAACAGCACAUGUUUGGAUGUGCAACAGGGGAGCCAAUACAGCUUCCAGGUCAAAGCACGACCUGAUGGAUCGAUCUACAGGGGAUACUGGAGUGACUGGUCAGAACCUCUCACUGCUCACCUACCUUCAGGCAAAGAGUGGUUCUUCAUCAUCUGUGUGCCACUGGCUUUACUCAUCAUUGCUUUUGCGAUCAUCUUCUUGUUCUCCAGAUACUUAAGCAAAAUCAAGCAGUCUCUAUGGCCAUCAGUCCCAAACCUAAACAAGGUUUUGGAAAGCUUUCUGACAGAUAUGAAUGGAUCAAACUGGGAGCCAACGUUCAACGUCAAGCAAUGUGAAGAUGACACUUGCACAUCGGUGGUGGAGAUUCUUUCAGAAGCUACGGUUACAGGAAAACCAUGUAAGGGGUCCACCGGUCUAUCGGUCCCUGAGCGAGGCUUUUUAAUUGGUGAUAAAAAUGGGGAGAGUUUUGUGGAGGAUCUGGAAAUCGCUCAAGAUUAUGUGAUUUUAAAAAACAACGAUACAAUCUCAUGCUUUAAGGGGAAUGACUAUGUCUACAGAGAUGUUGCUUUUACUCAUCUGGCUGUUGACAAACUAAACUGCUGCACUGAUACCCAUCAUACCACUCUUCCAGAAUGCACCACCAACAUCCUCAACCAUUCCUAUCUUCUUCUGGCAGAACAGCCUGAGCAUCAAGAAUAUCACUCAGCGUGUCGCUACACAAACAUGGAAAUUACAGCGAUGGCUUGCGUAGGAAGCGGAGAGUGAGAAUGGUUUAAUUUGUGAUGAUGACUUAAUCAUUCAUUUGUACAUUAAACCUUGUGAGUUUUUGGUUAUGACUGACUCACAAAUUCAAAAAACCUCAACUAUUGCAGGUAACAGCAGAAGCUUGGACAUGUACAGGAUUUUGACCAUACAGAGCACUGCUUUGACAGUUAGUAUAAGUAAGGGGGCAUCCACACCAAAGCUUUAACGCUGGCAGCAGGCAUGUUUUCAAUUGUUUCCAAUGAAAGUGCUGCGUUUUUUUAAAAGCCUUCAGCUAGCAUUUUCUUUCUGGCAAUUGAGUGCUGAGAGUUGAAAAAUAUUCAACUUUGAGUGAAAAGCUCAGCCUGUCAAUGCCGUUUUCACAAGGCCGUCCAAUCACAGUGAGGGGGCGGGACAAAUAUCACAACAACCAGCCCGCACAUCGUACAAUGGCUAAUAAACAAGGCAUAAGUAUCACAGCAACCAAAGCGUUCAGCUGAAGAAAGCUGACAGUCGGCUGAAAAAAAAACAGACAGUUGGCGUCUGCAUGGCGUUUUCAGAUGCGUUUAAAAGCUUUGGGGUGCACACACCCUAAUAGGUCAAGUACAGUGUGUGGACAUUACAAAUACAUUUGAGAUACAGGGCUUCAUUUAUAAAAUUCUGCAUAGAAUGCUGUGUGAUUCAUAAACAAAUGUGCGCACAGAAAACCUGCGUACACAGACAUGAAAUUUGUAAAUCACAAAUGAUCUUGAAAUUGUGAGCUGAACGGUUUCAGAUCUCCACUAUAAAAGGUGCUAUAAAAUAACACCUUUAAAUGUUUAAAUCUUUUUCAAGCAGCAAAAAUGGCUUAUAUUUCCAAAAACCUGCAGAAAGCAAAGCAGCAAAUGUGUGUACGUCUGCUCAGACCCUGAUGUGGUGCUAAGCACUUCUCCAUGUCAAAAACAGUUUUUAUAAAUAGGGAUUUUGCCGUGGAUUUUUGCAUACACAAACUUUACGAUCAAAUCUGUGCGCACACGCUUUAUAAUUGAGGCCCUUGGUCUAUGAAACCUAUCUAAAGUAUUUUAAGUUUUUCUGUUUUCUACAUAAAAUCUUGUAAAUAUUCUGUGAAAAUAUAAGCUUGAUAUAUUUAAUAUUGACUGAGUAAGACCAUAGCUAACAUUUAAAUCAAUGUGAGAUCAAUGAUUGAAAUCAAUCAGGGAAUCUUCCAUCCAAAACGAAAAAACAAAAUCGUUUUUUCAUUUAUUGUUUCCAUUCAUAAAAUAAAAAAGAAAACUAGGAAACUAGUCUUAUUGAGGCGAGGGAAGCAAAGACUUCCAAUGACAUUUAGCAGGGCAUGCAGAUUUAAUCAUUAACAUGAUUAAUUAUGAUUAUCAUAUGACAUUUCUGCAUUUGGUAGACGCUUUUAUCCAAAGUGCAUUAAGGCAUCAGUAUUUGUGUUUCCUGGGUUUAAACUCAUGACCUUUUGUGCUGCUAACACAAUGAUUUACCAUUGAGCAAUUAUGGACCAAUUGGGAAUGGUAUACAUGGGCGUAUUUUUGCAGAUUUUCAACUGCCAUAAGUAACUGCCAUGUCAAUGAUACACAUCUAUAUGAACUUUAUGGACUAUAUAUUUGAAGUUCAUUAUUAAUGUUUGUUAAUGUUAUGUAAGAGGAUAUUUGUUAUGUAUGCAGUACAUUAUGCAAAAAACAUUCAACUGGCAAAAGCAAAUUGUUAUUAUAUUGAUGAUGAUUAUGGAUGGAUCUUGGGGGGGGGGUAAUGAGGUGGGUUAUCUUUUAUAGUGAUCAUGAAUUUGAAGCCACUGGCAGAAGCCUAUCAUCAACGUGAAAGUGACGUUUAGAUUUUUGUAAGCCUAUUAAAAGAUGUUAAAGGUCCCGUUCUUUCUGUGUUUUUGAAGCUUUGAUCGUGUUUACUGUCCUAAAAACAGCUGUCUUUCUUGUUCUAUGAAGUCCCUCUUUCGGAAAUAAGUAACGAGUUCUGAUUGUGUAGUUUAUUUAGUGUGUUGUGAUUCGAUAGCAGCUUGCCGUUAGCUUAGCUGGUGACUGAUGUAUUCCUGUGGGCGGAGUUUAGUCAAAAAACUGUUCUACUGAUGUCGUGAAAGCAGGAAGUAGAGGGCCUUAGUCCAAACCCACCGUUCGCUGUAGGCUUUGAAAGGCGAAUUAUGUUAAAGAAAAUAUAUCGCCUGGCAGUGAACUUUGAGCUUGAUCAUUUUACAAGUAUUAUUUAUGCUAUUAUAGCAACAUUUCACUAACUAGGGUUUCAAAAAUGGGAUCAGGAGGAACGUGACCUUUAAUGUUUAAAGGAACAGUAUGUAAGACAUUUAUAUCAAUUAAUCAUAAAAUGGCCCUGAUAUGUCACUAGACAUUUAGAAAUCAUUUUCAUUUCAAAUACUUAUUUCACUGACAACAGUGGUCUGGCCAGGAUAUUGUCAUUUAAAAAGUGGAGUUGCAGCCCUCAACUGAUGUUUAUGUUGUCAUGUUGUGUAUUGGCCACCAGAUGGGUGAUUGCAGUACCAGUUUUAGCCACAAGUUUUGUUAUUGCGAUACCAGUUUUGGCCACAAUCCCACAUAUUUUUACUUUAAGUUUGUGCGCCCCGGUAAUGAUGCAAUUUCUGCUUCUUUGCUUCCCCCACCGAUAACGGUGAGAAAAGGUAGCUCUGUAAUUGAAAAUUAAUUUUCACUUUUUUCACAAUUAUUUUAAAGAAGUAAAACUGAGAAACUAAACAUAGAACAUUUAAUUAAUUCCUUCUUUUUAAAGCAGCUUUAAAAUGAUUUUUUUAUGAAUGGAAACGCUAAAUUAAAAGAAAAUUUUUUUUCCCGUUUUGCUUUUUUUUUUUUACGGAUAUGGAAUGGACAGAAGAUGGUAAAUGGACUGCAUUUAUAUAGCGCUUUUUUAACAGACAUAUGGCCAUCCAAAGCGCUUUACAAAUUGCCUCACAUUCACCCAUUCAUUCACUCAUUCAUACACCAACGGCGGUGUCAUUCAGCUCAUUGGGAGCAGAUGGGGUUAGGUGUCUUGCUCAAGUACACCUCAACACUUGGUCACAUGGAGCCGGGGAUUGAACCACCAACCUUCUGGUUUGUAGACCACCCAAAGGCAGUCAGUGCCACUGAUUGAAAUCAAACUUUCAUGAUCCAAAUCACAAAUUAUGGGAUUUUAGCCUGGAUUUUACAGACAGGGUCACAUAUGUGUAAUGCAUUAAAUUUAGGAACAUUAAUUCAGAGGAAUACAGUUAAUUUCAUUACAUUGAAACACUGUGUAAACGUACACUCAACCAACUUUGUAUUAUUACUGUACAUGUGCUUUUAUUUUAUUUUGUACAAACUCUGUGUUAAAUCGUUUUUUUUUAUUCAGUGUAUAGGUAUAUAUUAAAUAUGUGUUUUGAGUUUGUCACACCACAGAAAAUGUGUUAUUAAUCACCCAGAGCAAUUUAAAUGAUUUAAAAAUAAAAAAUAAUAAAAGCGGGCUUUCAAAUGCUGGGAUCGUGUCUGCUGUCAGUGCUAAAACCAUGCCUACUCACAGGAAAGUAGUCUCAAUUUUCAAAUACCGCUACAACCUGAUUGGAUGUUCGCAAUUGUGUUGGGGGUAAGGCAAUGCUUGGUUGCUAGAGUGUUUCAUCGAGACAGUUUUAGCCCCGCCCAUUUUUUCAUUAACACAGAAAGUGUAUGUGAAGUUUUAGCUCAAAAUAACACAUUUAUUUUAGCAUGUUAAAAUUGCCACUUUGAAGGUGUGAGCAAAAAUUUUCCGUUUUUGGUUGUGUCCUUUAAAAUGCAAAUAAGCUGAUCUCUGCAUUAAAUGAGAGUGCUGUGGUUGGAUAGUGCAGAUUAUAAGGCGGUAUUAUCCCCUUCUGACAUCACAAGGAGAGUCAAAUUGACAUGCUUGCAGAGAAUGAUUUACCAAAACUAAGUUACUGGGUUGAUCUUUUUCACAUUUUCUAGGUCUGAAUUAUUAUAGCACUUAAACAUGGAAAAAGUAAGAUUUUCUCGAUAUGUCCCCUAUAUAUGUAUAUAUAUAUAUAUAUACACCACAAUUCAAUACUACAUAGUUCAUUCUUUGUAACGUGUUCUAACAUUUAUAAAGGGUUUAAAAAAAAUGUAUUUAAUGAUGCGGACUUCAAAUGUAAGGCAUGUCACUACAUUGAUCUUAAAUGUUAUUUAGAAUGAAACAUUUCUUAAACAGACAAAAAUAACUUUUAUAUUUGAUUUUCAUUUCUGCAAUUAUGCCUUCAAUAGAUUUUGUUGGAAACGAAAUGAUAACAACACAUAUGACACCUCAUUUUUUAACUUGAACAGUAACU